AUGGCCACAAAAUUCUGCUUUUUUCCACCUUUAAUCAUCCUAACAAUAUUAACUUUCAGUUCUUCUGGAAAUGCUCAAGUGUCUGAAGUAACAACUUCUAAUCAAGGCGUUCUCUAUGCUUCUCCACCACCACCAAAUGGAUGUCCCUAUUCUUGCCUUCCUCCACCUACCCCUACCGACUGCCCACCGCCUCCAUCUUCACCACAGCUACCACCUUCAGGGCCAGUCAACUACCCUCCGCCAAUGGGGUAUUAUUUGCCACCAGGUGGAGACUUUUUACCUCCACCGAUGUACGUGUAUGGUCCUCCACCUCCUAAUCCAAUUUUACCUUACCUCCCAUUUUACUACAAGAAUCCACCGUCUGAUUACUCUUCAGCUGCAAGUGAUCAUAAUUUGACAAGCAAGUUAUUGUUUCUAUUUACAUUACUCCUUAUCUGGUCACAGUAAUGCACCAAACAAAGGUGGCAUAUUCAAUAUUUUUUACUACUUGGGACCAAGGAAGUUCAUGUGCAGCUAGCGCUAUCAAGUAACAGUACAAAUACCAACUCUUUCUGGGUAAUCUUCUUUUACCAAGGUUAAUUCUCUGAGAGCAACAGUAAAGUGGCAAGUACUCUGAUUCUCAAUUACUGUCUUCUCUUUUAACUAUUUUUGGAAGGAGAAAGUUGAAAGAAAAAACAUCUCCUUUUUUUCUGAGUUCUUCCCCUAAAAAA